AGACGAAAAUGAUCACAUACAGACUUGUAGUCCAGCUUCCCUACGUCGAAUUCCAUUCCUCACAAAAAAAAAUCCCAACCGAUCGUGACGCGUUUUGUUAGAAUUGGUUCAUUCUUAUCAAUCGUUUUCACUCAAUAUUUGCGCGUCAAUCCGUUUGUUCAGUUGUAACUGUGUAGCUUAGAGUACGUAGCCAUGUCGAAGUUUGUGGUGCUUGUUUUUCUGAUCGCAAGUGCACUUUGCGCCAAGGAGUGCUCCAAUAAAUCUCCGUUUCCGUUCCACGAGCUGAAGGACUCGAAUCACACUCGCCGAAUUGCGACCACACUGGAAGCCGUAUUCAACCGGAAGAAUUCCAACUUCACCGUACUGGAAGGUCACUCGUGCAGAAACGCAACCGAAACUCUCUUCUGGUACCACGUGAUACUGGAAGGGGACGAUACCCGGUCCGAAGUGUCCUACAUCGAGUUCGUCAACGGCAAGAAGCGAGGACGGGUGGAUUAUCUCGUGCUCGACAAUGGCAAAUCGCAUUACGAGUAUCGAUGGAAGAUUGCACCAAUAAAGUGAGAUGUGAAGUGAAUUAGCCAACACUGGAACUGUGG